ACUGCACGGUACCUCCCAGCUGUUGUAUAAGUCACCAUGGUGAUAUUUGACUUUGCUCUGCUUUCACAGCACUGGCAGGAUCACACGGGCGACUGUAAACACACUGCUCCUCCAAUCGGACGCUGCAUAUGAUUGUCUUUCUUCGUCUCUUCGCAAGAAGAGCGACACUAUGGAUGGUGUUUACCAGUACUCGGUUUUCUUUGAGUGGCACAGCAGCCUGCUCGGGGAGCAGGCGAAGAGAAUCGAAACAUAUUUCCGUGUUCGGCGCAGAUCCGGCGGAGGAGACUGUGGACCAGUGAGCAGGGUGAAGGAUGACGUCUACAGUGUUGCUUUCAAAUAUCAAAAAGAUCAGCUGGCAGUCCUGCAGAAAUCUGAGCAUGUUGUGGCUGGUAUGGCGUUCGCUGUCCGAGGCACCAUGGAACACAUCAUCUCCUCUCCAAGCCAGGAUCCUACAGCUCCACUACAGAGCCCACAGUCCAUUCCUGCCUCAACUCCUCCACCAAGUGGUGAAGAAUAUGAACUACAAGUUGAGGAUUACCUUCUUCGUUACCUUAAGGAAUGUCCUAAGGCUGGGGAGAAACUAGAGAAAGAAUUUGACUCUAUGGCCUGCUCCGCUCAGCUUUACCCAGAGGAGGAGAGGGUUUCAGUUAGGCGUUUAGCUCCACCUGGUGCUGCAGGUGAUGAUAGAAACUGGAAAACAGAGGUAGACAAACUUUUUGAUGGCUACCUGUGCCACUAUGAGUUUGACGCUCAUAAAGUUAAAGCUUUGCUUCAGUCCUGCAGCUCUCGUCAGAGCACAGAUGAGGUGAAGGUGUACAGCGAGGAUGGGAUGGCUGUUGUUGUCGGGGAGCGUUCUCAGGUGAACGCCAGGUUGAUGAAUGUAGAGGACAGGUCAGUUGUGAGUGAGAAACAAACCAGCAUUCGGCGACUGGGCGAGGCCAAGCUCCGCCUCCUCUGGAAAGAGAUUGAGCACAGUUUAGGACGAGAUUAUCCAGGAGUGAAGGUAACGCAGGGAGCUGCCGGUCAGUUAGUUUUGGAAGGUUCUGCGGAGGAGAUUCUUAAGGCUGGCGAUUGGAUCUCUGGUCAGGAGAAUUUGGUGUUGGAAAAGACAGUUUCUGACAUGAGCCCACAUUUGUUGGCCUUUCUAAGGAAGGCAUACAGAGGUCCAGGGUUGCUAGGUCACUUUUUAGGUGUCAGUGACAAGGUGGAAGUAGAGUUACGAGACACAGAGCUACGUUUGGUCUCCCUUUCCACUGAUAAUCUUGAUGAAACAGAAAAUGCACUGCAAGCUGAGAUAAAGGAAGUAAAGAUUGAUGUUCCUAACUGCUCUGCUGUGCCGUCUGAGCUUCGGGAAAAGCUUAAGUCCAAGACAGAUGAGAUGAACCAAGGGCAAUACAGGGCUCAGGUCGUCUUUGGCUCAGACAGCUCGGUGUGCUUACUGGGCCACACCAAAGAGGUUGAAGAGCUGAGUGAAGCUGUCACACAGUUUAUUUUGGACCAGUCAAGUGUGCAAAACAAAGUCCAUCUGCCUUUCUCAGAGAUAGCACAAGAGUUUGAACCAAGUGUUGCAAAUAAUUUGGAAUCUCUGAGUUUGAGUGAAGUAAACACAACAUGUGCGCGCUACAGCCUCUGUGAUGGGUUCCAGGUGCUGGUGUGUCAGGGUGACAUCACCAAACAGGAUGCUGAUGCCCUGGUGAAUGCUGCUAACGAAGAUCUGGACCACGGUGGAGGGGUUGCUGCAGCGCUGAGUAAAGCAGGUGGCCCUAAAGUACAGAGUGAGAGCACUGCCUUAGUAAAGUAUAAUGGGAAAAUCCCCACAGGUGAAGUGGUAGUGACCACAGGGGGGAACUUAAAGUGCAAGAAACUGCUGCAUGCUGUUGGGCCUGUAGGUGGAAAAUCAGGUGGCAGUGAGGGGGUGUUACUGGAAAAAACUGUCCAGAAGGCUCUGAAUUUAGCAGAGAUGAUGGAGUUCAGGUCCAUAGCUAUUCCUUGCAUCAGCUCAGGGACAUUCGGUGUCCCUGUUACUGUGUGCUCUGAGGCUAUUGUUACUGCUGUUAAAAAGUUUGGCAGUUACGGGGGGAGAAGUCUGAGCAGAGUCAUCCUGAUUGAUAACAGAGGAGAGGUGGUGAGGGCAAUGCAGGAAGCAUGUGACCGGCUUCUCCAAGGGAUAAGUACUGGAAACAACACAAGUACUGGUGCACCGAGAGAUCUGGGCUUCCAGGUGGAUGCUUCUGCCCAAGACACAGCAGGAGGAGCCACAGCUGGAGCUCCUGGAGGUGGUGUCCAUGUAGAGAUCAUUCAGGGAACCAUCGAGACCCAGCAGGUGGAUGCCCUGGUAUCGCCCAUGGUUGGCCAUGAGCCUCUCUCUACCCGUGUCGGAAACAUUUUGUUUAAAAUGGUUGGAUCCCAGCUGACCGCAAAGUUUAGAAAGGAGGCAGGAGAAGAAGAAACACUGCCUGGUGACCCAGUCCUGGUGGAGGGCUUGCCUGAACUCCCAUCUAAUGCAGUGUUCUUCCUCAACCUCAUUCCCUGGGAUGAUGACCAUGAUGGAACUGCAGUCCAGGUUCUGAGAAUGGGCAUCAACGAAAUCCUAACUUCCUGUGUGAAAAGAGGGUUUGGAUCCAUUGCCUUUCCUGUACUUGGAGCUGGGAUUGCCCUGUGUUUUCCUGACAGCGUGGUAGCCAGGGUUCUACUGGAGGAAGUUCAUGCGUUUGGACAGAACCGAGCCAGUGGAACACCAUUACUGGUCCGCAUCGUCAUCCACCCCAACGAUGAGGAGUCUAGUGAGGCCUUCAAGUCUGUACAGGAAGCUUUCCAACCCAAAGGAUUCACAAAAGAUGUUCACCAACCAGACCAAGUGUCAACUGCAAGGAGGAUUGUCCUGCUCGGGAAAACUGGAUCUGGGAAAAGCAACCUAGCCAACACCAUAUUUGGAGAGAAAUUGUUCACCACAAACCAUACUUCCAACUCUGGAACAAGUGAAUGUCAAGCUGAAACCAGAUGUGUCAACGGAAGAAGCAUCACUUUGAUCGACACUCCUGGUUUCUUUGAUGCAGGCAGGUCUGAAGAGGAGAUGAAGCCUAAGAUAGUGAGGUGUAUCACAGAGUGUGCCCCUGGGCCUCAUGCUUUUCUCAUUGUGCUUAAAGUGGAGAAAUUCACAGAGCACGAGCAGGCUGUCAUCACUAAAAUAUGCCAGUAUUUCACGGAAGAUGCUUUAAAAUAUGCUGUAAUUGUCUUCACUCAUGGUGACCAGCUCCCUAAAGGGAUGAAAAUUGAGGAGUUUGUCAGUCAGAACAAGAAUCUGAGUGAUCUGGUGAAGAAGUGCGGCAGCCGGUGCCACGUCAUGGAUAAUAAAUACUGGAAGAACAAACAGCAGAAUAGCUACAGGUGCAACCAGGUCCAGGUGGAUGAGCUGCUUAACACCAUAAACAAGAUGGUGAUGGAAAACAAUGGAUGCUACACCAAUAGGGUGUUUCAAGAAGUGGAGAAAGAAAUACAGAGAGAGGAAGAGAUCAUAAAACAGUCAUCAGGAAACUUGCCACUGGAAGAGAUCAGAAAUCAGGCGAAAAAAAAAGUGUCUGAGAAGUUUUUGAUCCAACUGGCAGGUACUGGCACAGGAGCAUUGCUGGGAGCUUUUUUUGGCGUGGCAGCGAUGGUUGGAUUGGUUGUCACAGCUCUGCACAACUGUCAAUCAUUAAUGAAAUUUGUGAAUAAAGUUCCAGCAUUAAGAGGGGUGACAACAGCAGCAGCAGGAGGAGGCGUAGAAGUAGCGGGACUGGCAGCUGCUGGAGUGAUGAUGGGAGGUUUUGCUGUAGCAGGCGGAGCAAUGGGUGGUGUUGUUGGAUAUGAGGCAGCCAAGGAAGCAAAAUCACCAUCGGAGGCAGUAGAGAUGGCAGCCAAUGCUGUCAUAAACAAAGCAAAAGCUGGUUUAAAGCUUCAAACUGCUUUGCCCCUUGGGUUCAGCGGAACAGGAAAAUAUUAAAAACAGUAUUAACACAUCUACUAGAUGCUGAGCAACAUAAGCAAUCAUUUGUAGUCGUGUUUCCGGCCGGCUGGCAAAUAUGAGUCCAACGUUCACUCUCCUUUUAUGUCUGUUUUUGUCUCCACUAACUCGGGAGAGAAAGUUCUGGCUCUUUAGCUGCUAAAUGCUCCGCUAUGUUGACCAGUAAAUCACUACCUUUGUCUGUUUGGUGCUGGGCUGGUAGCAUACAGUGGGGUUUAUUUAAGCUUAUUUGAUGAAAACAGCUGACUGCUGAGGCUAGAAACGAGGUUAAUAAGAGUUUGUGGGCCAUUAAUAAAAGUGAUAAUUCUUUGCAGAUUUGGCACUACAAGCGACAACUUCCACAUCACGCAUAGUCACUUGAUCCAUUGUUAAUGAAACAAAAAUUGAUGAGUACAGCUUUAACUAAAGAGAAGAAGCUUAUGGGCCAAGAAUAAGGUGAAAGUAAUAUCUUAAGUAAUAUGUUAUUACUCAUUUGUAAAUGAUUUGUAAAAUAUGUCAAUCAAGUCAUAACAGUGGCUCAUAUUUAAUUAUUAAUAUAUAUAUUAGUAAGCAAUUAACAGUGUUCACUUAUCAGACAGUGGUGGUUUGAAUGUUGUCUCUAUAUCUAAAUCUAUUUCUUAACAAUAAAAGCAUUGAUUGCUCACACA